CCUGGAGGAGAGGGCUGCGGCGAGUUCACGCGAAAGGUCACGUUCACGACGCGUGACGGCCAGUUCCAGUCCUGUCAUGAGCCGCACUGGUCGCCGAUGAGGAAGGUGCCUUCUCUCAGCGACCUCAGCGACCAAGAGGCUUCUCAGGACCUGCCGUCCCAGGUGCCUCCCUUGACACCCGGCACCAACAAAAAGAUCGCAGACGCCCUCAUGGCGUCCUUCGAGAACUGGAACAAAGAGCAAGAGAAGCGGUACAUACCCAAAGAUCCGCGCCAGUGGACUCAGAUGGACGUGGUGCACUGGCUAUGCUGGGCCACCAACGAGUUCUGCAUGGAGGGAGUGGAAAUAGACAAGUUCAAUAUGACGGGGCGCGAGAUGUGCGCUAUGGGCAAAGAGAACUUUCUGGCCCGGACGCCUCAGUGGAUGGGGGACAUUUUGUGGGAGCACUUGGAGAACCUGCAGCGUGAGUGCGAGAAGGCGAAGGCGGCGCUGGAGAACAUCCCCACCAGCCUGUACGAGAGCGCGUGCGUGCCCGACCUCAACCAGUUCCUGGACACGUACCCCAAGCCGACGGCGCCGCACUCGCAGGCGCACCCGCUGCCACCGAGCCAGCUGCCGCCGCCGGCGCCGAUGAACACGAGUCCGGGGCCUCCCUGCGCGCCGGCGCCGGCGCCCACGCACCCGCCGCCCGGCCCGCACGCACCACCCUUCUCAGGAGGUGCGUACGGCGCGCAAAUGGCCGAGCCGAUGCAGGGCAUGGGCGACGAGCCGCCGGCGUACGUGCCGCAGCACUACGAGCCCGAGUACCCUCACAUGGCCGACCCGCACCACCACCCGUACGGCGAGACCGGCUCGCCCGAGUUCUACCCCAACGCCAGCCUGGAGCUCAAGUACCGCACGCCGCACAAGCUCUACCCGCCCGCGUCGCGCUACGACGGGUACGACGCGCACUACGCGGCCGGAUACGACGCGCACUACCAGACGGUGCCGCAGGCGCCGCCGGAGGCGUGGCACCCGGAGUUGAUGGCCGGCCACGGGCCGCCGCACCCGGCCUUCCUGCCGCCGCACCACCGCGCCUCGCCGCUGCAGGGCGACGUCAAGCCGCCGCUGAUGGGCGCGUACCCGUCCUCCGGCGCCGGCCCCUGCUUCACCGGCUCUGGCCCCAUCCAGCUGUGGCAGUUCCUGCUGGAGCUGCUCACGGACAAGUCGUGCCAGAACUUCAUCUCGUGGACCGGCGAUGGCUGGGAGUUCAAGCUCACGGACCCGGACGAGGUUGCGCGGCGGUGGGGAAAUCGUAAGAAUAAGCCAAAAAUGAAUUACGAGAAACUGAGCCGGGGCCUCCGGUACUACUACGACAAAAACAUCAUACACAAGACGGCCGGCAAGCGAUACGUGUACCGGUUCGUCUGCGACCUGCAAAGCUUGCUCGGGUACACCCCCGAGGAGCUACACGCCGUGGUAGACCUGAAACCGGACAAGAAGGAGGACGACUGAGGAGGCGCCGUACGCAGGCGUCUCCGGCUCCCCUGUUCCAGUCCAAAGAGGGCGCUGUGCGUACGAGUCGGCGGAAACACGGGCGAUCGGGUCUGGCGAGCUGUACCUGAAGCGUUAGUUCGCGCGCCCGCCGUGCCGCGGCGUCACGAUCGCCCAUGGCCCGACGCACGGCGCCACCAGCACGCGCCCGCUCGAGUCACGAGCCGUCUCCAAGAGAAGUGAUCUUAAAAGACUAUUAUUAUUGACUAGUCUGCGAGUACAGAUGAGCCGACGCGGCGAUUCGGCCGAUAUUCAGACGUCACGCGAGUUGUCGCCGUUCGUCGCCCGCUGUCCGCGCGCGCCGCCGGCGAGCGCGGUUCGAUUGCUCACCGUUGAGCGGAGCCGACGCGGCUCUCCUCCACCGAAAUCCGCGGCUUUGGCGGGAGGGACCACGGCGGGCCGGCGGCUCAGGCUCAAGCGCGACGGCGUGGCGUGUUCUUUUCUACCGUGUUUGGGGUGACCCCAGCUGGCAUUCGGGCGGCGUUGUUGAGGGAGGCUACCAGGCCUGCUUGAUGUUUCGUGCUGCGAGCCGAUUGGUGGGCGCGCAAGUUUUUAUUCGCGGACAAGCGAUAGCUUGUUUCGCCGGGCGAGCUCGUGCCAGGCCGGCCACACUGUUGUGACGCCGAAGCUUCCAUGAGGGCGCCGGGACGUGGUGCUGUUAGUGCCGCUGUUACUUGUUGAUCCCACGUGUGUCUUACGUGUUUCUGGGCUGGCAGUGCUCACGUGGCGCCCUGUGCCACACUCCCCGGCAUGUGCAGGCGAGGUGGGUUGUUGUUCACCCGCGGUCGUCCGAAGCCUUAUAAAAAGUGACCGAGGGUAUACGUAACCGUUUGAUAACCCGACGCGACAGCCAGGUACGAAACAGACUACCUGAGUGUUAAUUUAUUGUUCGCGCUUCGGCGAGGGUGCCGCCACCGGCAUCCUCGAAGGUUAAAGCUGUUUGUUGUGAUCUCGCUCUCCUGAAGCCGCGUCGUCAGCGCUGGCGUCUCCCACCCCUCACCGCUUCUCUGCUGACUCGCGGCGAAGCAAGCGAAGCGUCCACUCGGGCGCGGCGAAACGCAGCGAAGCAUUACUCCCAAGCUUAAUCACGUUUUGUUUAUGCAUAUCAUUUGUUGAAAAUGAUGCCACAUAAAGUGCCUUGUACAUAUUACGUGCGUGUGUAAUUAUUUUUGUAACCGACAUGAUGAACCGUGACAAAUUGUAGUAUUUGAGUGUGCAUUUGAGUGAAAAGAUGUGACAAAAUAUAGAUAUGUUGUAUC